AUUAUACACACAUACAUACACAUAUAUAUUAAUUAUACUAUCGAUGACUGUAAUCGCAAAAGAAGAAAAUGUUAAAGAGACAAAAUUAAAAACAUAUAAAAAAGGACACUUUCUAUUUCCAACGGCCAAUGGUAGACAAGAUGUUUUAGCUUUAAAGCAGCAAUUAGCGGAUGCUUUAGGUGAAAAUGGACCGUUGUAUUGGGAUGCAUUAAGAGAUUUUGUCAUGGGAAAACUUAAUCGACAAGAGUUUGAUUUUUAUGCUAAUCUUUAUCUAAGUAGACAAAAUGCACAUCUUCACAAUGCAUUCAUUCUAAGUACAGUACAUAAUGCACAAAUGAAUACACCACCCCCUUCCAAACAUCGACUUGUUGGUUGGGCGAAACGAAAGAGAGGGAAAGAGGGUAACUUGGCAGAUGGAGAAUUUGAUCAUGAUCCAAGAAAGCGAAAAUUAAAAGCCGAUGUGAUGGCCCUUAGUAAAGCAGAGCGUGAACGAUUAAAAGCACUUGUCAAGGCAGGAGAUAAAAAUAAUCUAAGACCUUUUGUGAGUCGAUUAUUAGGACCACGUAUAAGUCAACCACCCACUUUACCGUUCUCUUCAAAUCAACUACCACAAAAUUAUAGUCAAGAAUAUUCAAAAGGUUUAAUGGCGCCACUAUGCAUUGAUCUAAAAGAACUACCAUCCCCAGAGACCCUACAUUCAAGAUUAACAAGUAUUGCCUUGGAGAAUGGAUUAUUUGGAGGUAUAGGUGAAGAUGUUGUGAACGUGAUGUUGUUUGCCGCUGAGGUAAUGCCGAUCAUUACUCCUUCAUAUCUUUUUUUUUUUUUGGCUUGCUAAUGUAUGCUUUAUAGUAUUAUAUUAAAUCAUCUAUUACAACUGCAAUAAGCAAAAGAAGAAUUAAUCGAUGUAUUGGAGCAAGAUUAUUACAAAAAAAGGAUAAUGAAGAUCAUGAUAUGAAUGAAACAGAAGAAGAUGACACAGGAGAAGAACGACAGUCAUCGAUUACCCUACGCGAUCUCGCUUUUGCAUAUCAUAUUACACCUU